AUGCGGCUCCAGGCGGCGCUUUUUAUCGCCGCGUGCGUGUCGCCCGCGGUGGCUAUCUAUUCCGAUGAGGUCAACCACAUUGACUUCCAUCACGCGCUCCUCGGCGCCCCCUCCCCCGACUCCACCUUCUUCCUCAAGCCUUCCUCCUCCUCGAACGCAUCCCUCCUCUACACAAUCUCUGACAAGUCGAUUGUGGGCGCUAUCAACCCUCGCGAUGGUACACUGAUCUGGCGGCAAGAUAUCUCCCGUUCCGGCUCUGCUUCCAGCGCGGCAGGUAUUCUACGUGGCCUGGAUGGCAACAAUGCAGUCGUUGGUGCAGCAGGCGAUUCCAUCUCGUCAUGGGGUGCCCAGGAUGGAAAAUUGAUUUGGGAAAACCGGUUUGCAGAUGGUGUGGUCGCUGACCUUGAGCUCUUGGAGUUGGAGGAUGCCAGAGCUACCUCCAGCGCGAGAGAUACCAUCGCGCUCACCGGCGGCGAGAGCACUGGAGUGGUGAGACGGCUGGAUGGAGACUCUGGCGAGACCAAAUGGGAAUACAAGGACAACAGUGGAGAUGUCGCGUUCCAGGUGUCAUCUUCGCCGACCGAGGUCUUCUACAUCUCGCUCCAGUCUGCGAUGUUAAAGGGCUAUAAAAUCAAAGUCACUGCAUUGGAUCCGGUCACGGGUCGCCAGACUCAUCAGCAGGUCCUGAACUCGGAGAGCGAUGUCGCAUCCCCUGAGUCAAUUCUCUUCGUGGGCGCUAACACCGCCUCACCCUUGAUUGUCUGGGCCGACAAGUCGCACAAGUCGCUGAAGGUCAAUGUCAUCGGCACAAAGCAGAUCAGCACCAUCAACAUCGAUAACACCUCCGGCCAGGAUAUUCAACAAAUCACUGUCCAUGCCCCUCAUAAACUCAACUCGCUCCCCCACUUCCUUGUUCACUAUGAGACAGAGAGUGGAGCUUGGGCGGAGGUCUACCACGUGGAUAUGAAGUCUUCGGCAGUGAGCAAAGCCUAUCAAUUGCCUUACUUGCAAGGCCAGUCUGCGGUGGCGACCAACAACGUUGACGCCAAUGUCUUCUUCACUCGAGUGACAGACUCGGAGGCUAUCGUCGUUUCCUCCGCAUCCCAUGGUAUCCUGGGGCGCUGGAAUGUCGAUGCAUCAUCAACCGACCGUGUGCUGCAUGCAGUUGCGGAGGUUGUGACCAAGGGCAAGACUGUCGCUGUCCGAGCUGCUGUCCUCCGCAAGUCCGGAGACUGGUCGUUAAUUCGAAAUGGUCAGACCGAGUGGACCCGUCCCGAGGCUCUGAUCUACGCUGUGGCUGCUGCUUGGGUGGAAGAUGAGGACCAAGAGGAAUUGGCCCAUGAACUGGAGGUCGAAGGCCACGAGGGCUUGAUUGGUGCUUACAUCCAUCGGGUGAAGCGCCACCUCCGGGAUCUCCAGCAUCUGCCCGAAUGGCUUAAGGAACUGCCAAAGCGCAUUAUCACUAGCAUUCUGACUGACGAAGUAUCCAAUCUCGAUAGCUUUGGUGUCGCCCAGUCGAUAAUUGUUGCUACCGAGAAAGGACGUGUCUACGCGCUGGAUACCGGUCGCCAAGGUGCCAUCAAGUGGGGUGUCCAAGCGGAGGAGACCUCGCACUGGGACAUCAAAUCUAUUUUGAGUCAGCCUGGGUCUGCGGUCAUUUAUAUCAGCGAUGGCAGCUCGGUACAGAUCAAUAGCUCUACCGGGGAAGUCAUCUCGCGCUCCGCCCCCACCAACAACAAACUCCAGUCGAUUGCCACAUUUGAGCAACAGGUAGGAUCCUCGGUAAUCAGGAUGGGUUCCCUGGGUAUCCAAGAGGAUGGCACUCCUGUCGCACCGUUUGACGAUAUCACGGGCUUCUUGGUCACUACCAGCAAUGAUGGUCGUGUUCUUGGCUGGGUUGAGAAGGACAACAAGCAUCCUGUGUGGGAGUUCGUGCCCCCUUCGGGUCAAAAGCUCAUCAAGGCUGUGAGUCGCCCUUCGCACGACCCUGUUGCCUCGAUCGGAAAGGUGCUUGGUAACCGCUCUGUCCUGUACAAGUACCUUAACCCGAACCUGGUGCUGGUGACUGCUGUGGACGAGAAGGAUCACACCGCUGGCUUUUACCUUCUUGACGGCGUUUCGGGCAAGGUACUGUACUCCACUACCCAAGCCGGCGUUGACCCAACGCAGCCCAUUGCUUCUGCUAUAUCCGAGAAUUGGUUCGCCUACUCGUUCUUCGGUGACGUCGUCGACGAGUCCUCCUCCAAGGGCUACCAGCUCGUCAUCUCCGAGCUUUACGAGUCCCCCCUUCCGAACGACCGCGGUCCCCUAGACUCGGCCGGAAACUACUCGAGCCUGCACAGUAACAUCCCGCUGCCCCAUGUGGUCUCCCAGGCCUACCUCAUUCCCGAGCCCAUCUCCCACAUGGCUGUGACCCAGACCCGGCAGGGAAUCACCAUCCGCCAGCUCAUCUGCGUUCUUCCGUCUUCCAAUGCCAUUGUGGGCAUUCCCCGUCAUGUCCUGGACCCUCGUCGCCCCGUCGACCGGGACCCUACCUCUGCCGAAGCGGAAGAGGGUUUGUUCCGGUACGCGCCUUUCCUCGAGUUCGAUGGCAAGUGGUAUCUCUCUCACUCCCGUGAUGUCGCGGGCAUCAAGACUGUGUUGUCUCGCCCUACCCUGCUGGAGAGCACCAGUCUUAUCUUCGCCUUUGGAGGCGAUAUCUUCGGCACCCGCGCCACACCCAGCCAUGCGUUCGACAUUCUGGGCAAGAGCUUCUCCAAAUUGCAGCUAGUCCUGACCGUGGUGGCUUUGGCGGCUGGUGUCGCAUUUUUGGCCCCGAUGACUCGGAAAAAGCAGGUCAACAUGUUGUGGAAGGCUACAUAG